GCUCGUCCGACAGUCCUCUGUACCACACCCCCAGAUGGGAGGCAGCAGCAGCAUCUGAAACGUGAAAGCCGCGUAGAGGAUGGAGAGAUCGAGGGAGUCGGCGUGAUAGAUGAGUGCGUGCGGAGCCGAAGGGCCAAACCAGAAAGAAGCCGCGCAAGGAAAAAAAGAAAAAGCGAGCGACCUGGAGGGGGUGGGGGUGCGGGCAGACGCGAUUCGCCAUCUCGGAAUUAAGGAAUUGCUGAGGCGCCGCCAGCCCCGCUCUGCCCGCGCUGCCUGUAAAUGGAGCUGGAGAACAUCGUAGCGAACACCGUGCUGCUCAAAGCCCGAGAAGGUGGAGGAGGAAAGCGGAAGGGCAAAAGUAAGAAGUGGAAGGAGAUCCUCAAGUUCCCUCACAUCAGCCAGUGUGAAGAACUACGGGAGACACUAGACAGAGACUACUCCAGCAUCUGUGACAAGCAGCCCAUCGGACGCCUGCUCUUCCGGCAGUUCUGUGAAGCCCACCCGGAGCUGCGCCGCUGCAUAAAGUUCCUCGACUCGGUGGCCGAGUAUGAAGUCACUCCGGAUGAGAAGCUCGCCGACAGCGGCCGUGAGAUCGCCAGGCGGUUCCUCAGCCAGGAGUCUUCAGAGUACGUCAGCCAUCUUCCCGAGGAGCUCGUGUGUCGCACGAAGGAGACGCUCGAAGUCAAGGCCAGCAAGGAGCUCUUUGCCCAGUGUGUCACGUGUGUCCAGAGCUUCCUGAGCGGUGAGCCUUUUCUGCAGUUCCAGGACUCUGUGCAGUUUGACCGUUUUCUGCAGUGGAAGUGGCUGGAGAGGCAGCCCGUCACAAAGAACACCUUCCGACAAUACCGGGUCCUCGGGAAAGGAGGCUUUGGCGAGGUAUGUGCGUGCCAGGUCCGUGCCACAGGGAAGAUGUACGCCUGCAAGCGGCUGGAGAAGAAGCGCAUCAAAAAGAGGAAGGGAGAGGCCAUGGCACUGAACGAGAAGCAGAUCCUGGAGAAAGUCAACAGCAGGUUUGUAGUCAACCUGGCCUAUGCCUACGAAACCAAGGAUGCCCUCUGCCUGGUGCUCACCAUCAUGAACGGCGGAGACCUCAAGUUCCAUAUCUACAACAUGGGCAACCCCGGGUUCGAGGAGGAGCGGGCACUGUUCUACUCUGCCGAGAUUCUUUGCGGCUUGGAAGACCUGCACAGGGAGUCCAUUGUGUACAGAGACUUGAAGCCUGAAAAUAUCCUGCUGGAUGAUUACGGCCACAUCCGCAUAUCUGACCUGGGGCUGGCAGUGAAGAUCCCCGAAGGUGAAACAAUACGAGGCAGAGUGGGCACCGUGGGGUACAUGGCUCCCGAAGUGCUCAACAACCAGCGCUACGCCCUGAGCCCGGACUACUGGGGGCUCGGCUGCCUGAUCUACGAGAUGAUCGCCGGGCAGUCACCAUUCCGGGGGCGCAAGGAGAAGGUGAAGCGGGAGGAAGUGGACAAGAGGGUCCUGGAGUCCCAGGAGGUCUACUCCGACAAGUUCUCCGAAGUGGCGAUGUCCGUGUGUAAAAUGGUAGCCACCCCGAGCCUACGCUCAGUGCCCACUCUGGCCCUCGUGCCCGGCGCCCAAAUGUUUUCUUGCCCUUCUCAGACUCAGGUCUGCUGCUCUGCUUUUGUCUUGCAGUUACUCACCAAAGACUUCGCCAGCCGCCUGGGGUGCCGAGGAGAAAAUGCCAGCGAGGUGAAGCGCCACCCCUUCUUCAGGACCAUCAACUUCAAGCGCCUUGAAGCGGGCAUGUUGGAGCCCCCGUUUGUUCCAGAUCCCCGGGCCGUCUACUGCAAGGACGUUCUGGACAUCGAGCAGUUCUCCACCGUCAAGGGUGUGAACCUCGACCAAACCGACGACGACUUCUACUCCAAAUUUGCCACGGGCUCAGUGCCGAUACCUUGGCAGAAUGAGAUGAUAGAAACCGAGUGCUUCAAGGAGCUCAACAUGUUUGGAGCAAAUGGGGGUCUCCCUCCAGACCUCGACAGGACCUGCACACCCGAGCCCCCCAAGAAGGGCCUGCUGCAGCGGCUCUUCAGGCGGCAGCAUCAUCAACAGAAUGACAGGAGCAGCCCUUCCAACUCCAAGGCCCACUCUAAUCACCAUGGCAACUCCAAUCACAUGACGUCCAACUCCACGGAGGGCAGCUAGUGGGGGGGGGGGGGGGGCGGAGUCUCAAUGGCACCUGUCCGAGGUGGGAGCCACACUUGCACUCAGGUCAAGAUGUCGGAGUUUGGUCUCAUCGUCGGACCACUGCAAUAGAAAUGACUUGCACGUCUUUAUGAGUCGCCUGCCCACCCACCCGCCCACCAAGAUGGGGGAGAACUUUUAAAAAUUCCUCUUGACGUCCCCGUUUACAUUUUGUACAUUUGUAUCCAAAUGAAUCUGGGAUGAAAUCACCGAGUGGACGGUCUUCCACGCGGGUAGAGGUGGCACAAGGGGGUGGCACGUAGACUUCCCUUGAGAGACCCUGCGUGUCCACGUGUGCCGCGCUGUCUACACGUGCAUGUGUGCGCCUGAGCCACAAGAG